CUACUUCAAUUUAAGUUUUGGCUCUUAACUUUUGAACAGAAAUAUUUUAAACUUGACGGUGGCUAUUAAAACUCGUACAAGGUGAUUUAGAUGCAACACACUUGACUCUCCAUGGUGCUCGCAUUAGUGCAUCUCCUAAACUCUAAACGAUUUCUUCAUAGCCUAGGCUACUGAAAAUACUUUUUCUAGCUGUUGAUUAACCAGCGCCGCCCUUCCGAAGAAACGAAACUUCCGCUGGCAUAAGGUGGAAUCGAUGCAGAAAUAUACAGACGGACCUUGAUUUUAGACUGUCACCAUACCUUAGAAGUCGUCUUAUUAUCUGCUGCUAACCCGAGACCGAGGAGACUGAGAACAACCAACGACAAAAAAGAACAAUGGCUGUACAGGUAACCACAACGAGGAUGGUCCAUACUUCAAGCGCCUGGACCACUGGGAUUUGUGACUGUUGUGCAGACUGUGGCACUUGCUGCUGUGCAAUGUGGUGCUUCCCCUGCCUGCAGUGUCAGACGGCCUCCCAGCAUGGCUGGUGUUUCUGCAUGCCUCUGCUGGACCCUUUAGCCUGCCUGGCCGUCUCCUGCUGCCUGCGCCAGUCCAUCCGUGAGACACAUGGCAUCAAUGGUUCAUGUUGUGAUGACUGUCUCACAGUGUGUUGUUGCUACCCUUGUGUGUGGUGCCAGAUGUCCAGGGAACUGAAGAACCGUGGCCACGCUACCACUGUGGUCACCCAGCAGGUGAUACGUGCCUAGGACAGAGAAAGGUGAAGCCACAAACGGGCACAUCCACAACUUCACAAGUUUCACAUGUUUAUACUCAAUGCACUUUUACCAAAAAAUAAUGGCUUCAAAUUAAUUUUGUUAUAACAGGCAGUAUUGUGACACUUUUUUUGUCAGUUCUAGAUGCAUUGGGUGCCCUUUGCGCUAAGUUUUAGCGUACUUUAGUUUUUAAAAAAGUUGUAAAAGUUUUUUUUGUUCUUGCAUAUCUAGAUGUGCUUUCAACUCAAAUGCUAUGCUGACAGCUAUGCAUCAAUAAAAAGCUAAAUAAAUGUU